ACCCGUUUCUCACAAUGGGCCAUUGUCAUAGUAACCAGGUGUAAACAUUUCACUUGGAGGCAGCAUGGCUUCAGAGACAAUGAAUAGAGUGUCCUUUGGAAGCACCCAGGAGAGGAAGCUGCUGCCCCACCACUGCGCCCCAGACAGACUAGGGGUCGAGGUGCCCUCUCUUCGGGAGAGACCUCACCUGGGGCCAGGCUGCUACAACAACCACACUGUGAGCAGUUUCUCGUAUCAGCUGGAGAAGAGGCCCGAGAGCAGGAAGGGGUACACUAUGGGGGCUCGGACCACGGGCCGCUUCCUACCCUCUACUGCACAGACAGAGACUCCCUCGCCAGCGGAGUACCAGGCAGAGUGGUGCCAUGAGCGCAUCUUCCCCCUGUACCCUGCCCCCUUCUGCUCCAGCACAGCGAGGUUCCUGCGCCACAGCCCCCUCGAGUGCCCCACUCCAGGUCCAGGGAUGUACGAUCACAACAUUCAUAGAAACCGGAAAGUGACCUGGCCAAUGAGGUUUGGAGCCCCUGAGUGGCGGCUGGUUCCCUCCCUGGAGAAGAGAACGAUGAAGACCGAGCUUCUCACCGACAAGGAAUUCCAAAAACAACGCAAUAGGAUUGCUUACCUCAGCUUGUACUUCAACUGAGCGAUGCUGCUGGAGACUAUCACAGAGAGGGAGACGCUGCUACUGCACAGUGCUGGGGCACAUCCUGUAAUGCAUCACUUCACAGACCUGAAUCCUCACCAGAAACCAUGGCAUUACUACUCAGCUUCUACCUCAUCACAGUACUCUGUUAUACAUAGAGAUAUGCUUGCUGUUCAAUAAAUAUAUUUUAAAACAUUGCAAGAGAUAAAAUACGUUUCUGGGAUUCUACCUUUAAAUUUAAUUACAUAAUUUCAUUUUCCUAAAGGGGUCAGAAAAUAAACUUACAAAAAAAUACAAAUAUAUGUAUACAAUGCAAAAUGUACAGAAACUAUUAGGAUCAGACAUGGCAGAACACAGCAGGAGUGCUUCAAAGCAGAAGAAAAAUAUUCAGAACAAUCCUUUUUAUCCCCCUAUUUUAUUUAGCUUUGUUACCCCAACUGACUAUUCAUUUUCAUAAGCAAUGGGUUUCCUAUACCCAAAUGUAAACCUGCGUGGGUACGGGACUGACUCCCCAAAGUUAUAUUGUAUGUUUCUGUAUUUGUACCUGUAUGUAUUGCUGGGUUAUUUAGAACAAACAGAGUAAGCUUGUUAAUGUGUGGAGCUGUUUAUGUUA